AGUAAUAAAGGAUAACAUUUGAAUCAGGAAGGGGAGUUUGGAAGAACGCCAUAAAGGAUUUCAGCUCAUCGCGUAGCUUCGAUCGCGCCGAGUCUCGAUUUUGAUUUUCUCUCGCAUAGAAUAAUGCCGAAGGUGAAGACAAACCGUGUCAAGUACCCAGAGGGCUGGGAAUUGAUAGAGCCCACUCUUCGUGAACUACAAGGAAAGAUGAGAGAAGCUGAAAAUGACCCACAUGAUGGUAAGAGAAAAUGUGAGGCACUAUGGCCGAUUUUCAAAAUAGCACAUCAGAAGAGCCGUUAUAUUUUUGAUCUUUACCACCGGAGGAAAGAAAUAUCUAAGGAGCUGUAUGAGUUCUGCAUGGAUCAAGGCUAUGCAGACCGCAAUCUAAUUGCAAAGUGGAAGAAGGUUUGUUUCACAACAUUUUUCAUUAGAAUCUUCUACCUCAUAGCAUCCCUUUACUUUGGUUUUCCGUUUUUGUUUGGGCCUUAUAUGUUGACACAUCUAGAAUUCAAGAACUAUUUUACCCUUGGUUGGAUUUGGAACUCAGUAAUUGAUUGGGAAAAAUACACGAAGAAAAUCAGAGAGAAUUUAAGAUCGAAUUUGAAGGGAAAACAAUGUCACUUCAAGAAACGGAAUUAUGUUACCAUUAUCUUUUCAUUGGGAGUAAUUUUUGUAAACAAUAUUAAAUUUGUUAAUAUUAUUUGUACAUUUCAUGAAUGGUUCAUGAAUAUUGCAUUAGACAUUACAAAAACAGGCUGAUAUUUGCUUAAUUUCUCUAAAAGAUAAAAGCAAAGAUGAAUUUACAUCUCCAAAAUCCUUUUUUAAUGAUAUGCUUUUGAAUUGCAGCCAGGUUAUGAACGUCUCUGCUGCUUGAGAUGCAUGCAACCACGGGAUCACAACUUUGCCACCACAUGUGUGUGCCGGGUCCCCAAGCACCUAAGGGAGGAGAAGGUUAUAGAGUGUGUGCAUUGCGGUUGCAGGGGCUGUGCAAGUGGCGACUGAUGGGUGUCUCUCCUUCCUACCAUGAAAUAGAUGCUUGGACUGCCAUUGUUGUAUUCAAGUUAUCAUAUCAACAUGGUUUACCUGGCAAUCUUUGUAGAUGGUAACUGAAUCCUCUCUCCCCUAGUUGAGCCCUUGCAACUCAAGUUACCAUGUAUUUUUAUUAACCAGCUUCCGGUUACUGAAUGGUAUGCAUGAUUAUGAUCAAACAUGAUGUGAAGCAUAUAAUUCAGAAACUCAACUUAGAGUUUUAAUGUUGCAGCAGAUGGUGUUUAAUAUUUUCCUUUUCAAA